GCGCUUAGGUAGGAGAGAGUUCGAACGUGUGUUUGUGCAUCCAACGUAUCUUUCAAUAUCUUUGUCAUCUGACCGGGCAAGAUGGGGCGCCGUCCCGCUCGUUGUUACCGCUAUUGCAAAAACAAACCGUACCCCAAGUCACGUUUCUGCCGUGGUGUACCAGAUCCCAAGAUUCGUAUCUUUGAUUUAGGAAGAAAGAAGGCUGAUGUAAGGGAGUUUCCACUUUGUGUCCAUUUAGUGUCAGAUGAAUAUGAACAACUUUCAUCUGAAGCUCUUGAGGCCGGCCGUAUCUGUGCCAACAAGUACUUGGUAAAGAACUGUGGUAAAGAUCAGUUCCACAUCCGUGUCAGGCUUCAUCCCUUCCAUGUCAUCCGAAUCAAUAAAAUGUUGUCGUGUGCUGGUGCUGAUAGAUUGCAGACAGGUAUGCGAGGUGCCUUUGGUAAGCCCCAAGGCACUGUUGCACGUGUAAGAAUUGGUCAGCCCAUUAUGUCUGUAAGGACCCAUGAUCGUCAUAAGGCUCCUGUAGUCGAGGCACUGAGACGAGCAAAGUUCAAGUACCCCGGUCGUCAGAAGAUCUACAUCUCGAGGAAGUGGGGCUUCACUAAGUUCGAUCGUGAGGAUUAUGAGGAAAUGAUGGCCAUUGGCCGCAUUGUUCCUGAUGGUGUCAGUGUCCAGUAUCGCCCAGAGCAUGGACCUCUAGAUAAAUGGAAGAGAACUCAGUUAGAAUUGGCUGGGCUUGCUUAAGGCAAAUUCCAUUAAAGGUAAAGGAUGAAGUGAAAA